AAUUUUUGUCACUAUAAAGUCAAAGCCUAAGACAAAGUUUUCCACAUCAGGCCAUUGCCAAGAGAAAACCCUCCUCUCCUUUCCAAGAAGCUACAGUGAUGGACAUCUUGCCCACUGAUUGGCUACAUGAUCUGGAAAUGGAAGAAUCCAACCUCAUCCGUCAAUGCCAAGUGGAUUCGGUUGAUUACUCACUUGAUGAGAUCAAUUUUACGUGUUUCUCCCCAGAAGUCUAUGCAUCUCUCAGUAAUGAGAGCACACACACUGAAAUUAAUAUCUCAAAAUUGGGCAAAGAGCUCAAGACCAACAACGACAACUCUCACGACAAUGGAAAUGCUAUUUUGUUGGGGCAAUCAAGUUCACCAUCGACCAACUCAUUGCAGAAUGAAAACCCUAAUGAAGAUGACGCAAUGUCUCAGGAUUAUAUAAAUUUCUCAUCAUUCAGUUCUCGGAGUUCACAAGAGAACCUAAAUGAGAGACCAAAAAGUUGCAAUAGAACCAAAAAAUUGUGUGCCACAAGUAGGGCACCAGUGCAAGCUCGAAACCACAUUUUGGCAGAGAGAAAGCGUCGAGAAAGGCUCAACCAAAAGCUCAUUUCUCUCUCAACCCUCAUUCCUGGCCUAAAGAAGAUGGACAAAGCUUCCAUCUUACAAGAUGCUAUCAAGUACAUAAAACAUCUUCAAGAACAUGUGCAAACCUUAGAGAAACGGGCAAAGAAAAAAUUGGUGGAACCUACUAUACAUUCAAUGACGAAAUGUGGACCUUCGUGGGAAGAUGACAAUGUUUCAUCGAAUGAGAAUUUGGAUGAAAACUUCAAGAAAUUGUCUCCUGAGAUUGAAGUAAGAAUUUUAGAGAAAAAUGUUCUCUUUAGAAUCCACUGCAAGAAAAAUGGUGACGUAGUAGCAAAAAUAUUAAGCAAAAUGUCAGCGCUUCAUCUGGAUGUUGUUAGCAGUAGUGUUCUUCCAUUUGGCGUGGCUCUCGAGAUAACUAUUGUUGCUCAGGUGGAUGAAGAAUUUCACAUGACUGUGGAGGAUCUUGUGAAAAACUUAAGAUCGGUUGUUCUAAGUUUCCUGUGAUAUCUCACUUAAUCAAGUUUACUUUGUGUGUUUAAUAUUGUAAUGUUUUUGCUUUCAUAAAAUCUAUUUUAGACAUAAAUAAAACAAUAAUGACCCGGA